AUGUCCGUGAAUGAUUGUGCCACUAUUCGGGAUGGCUUCCCUCGACCCUUCCCCGAUACCCCCUCCAAUGUGCUGCAGCAGUUCCAGAUGAAGGGGAAGGUCGUGGUGAUUACAGGUGCGGCGGAUGGACUCGGAUAUGCGGUGGCAGAGUCAAUGGCAGAGGCUGGAGCCAAUGUCGCCUUGUGGUAUAACUCAAAUGAUGUCGCUAUUGAGAAAGCAAAGGCGCUGGCCGAUCAACACAGCAUUAAGACUUCCGCUUACAAGGUCGAUGUCUCGGACUCGACUCAAGUUUCGGAGACGGUUACCAGGGUGGUUCAAGACUUUGGCAAGAUCGAUGUCUUCGUGGCCAAUGCAGGCAUGGCCAUCUCGAAGCCCAUUCUGGAGCAGACCUUAGACGAGUAUCGGAAGCAGAUGUCUGUGAAUGUGGACGGCAUCGUGUAUUGUGCCAAAUAUGCCGGGGAGGUGUUCGCCAAACAGGGCCACGGCAACCUGAUCAUCACCUCCAGCAUGAGCGGCCACGUUGUCAACGUCCCCGUGGACCAGCCUGUCUACAACGCAACCAAGGCCUACGUCACCCACUUUGGCAAGUCUCUCGCUCGCGAAUGGCGUGAGUUCGCCCGGGUGAAUAUUGUCUCGCCGGGCUUCUUCGACACCAAGAUGGGUGCGGGCCCGGACUGCUUGCAAGAAGCGUAUCGCAUGUCUUCGCUGGGGCGACAGGGUCAUGUGAAGGAGAUCAAGGGGUUGUAUCUGUAUCUGGCCAGCGAUGCGUCGACCUACAUGACUGGCAGCGAUGUGAUCAUCGAUGGAGGCUAUGUGUUGCCCUGA